UCGAGUCGACGCGACGUUCAUAUCGUUCGUAUUUAGUAUUCGAUUGAACAUCGAGUUUCGUUUAGACAAUCGACAGUUCUCCGCGCGCCGCCACCCGGUGUGAUCGUGUACGCACGUUCGGGGCAUUGUCCUCACGUCAAAUAAUUUGUGUCUCGGACUUAAAACAGUGAAUCUAUAACAUUUCUGGAGUGCCACAAAUCAACAUAAUCCCUGGAAUCAAGCAAAUGCUAUUUUGGAAUACAUUUGGAAUCAAUCAUAAACAUAGCGCUGCGGAGCAGAAAUAGUGUGAGGCGCCGCAUCGGCGCCUACGUCCACGGAUCUGCUGAUGAUACAAUAAAUUGUGAUGCUGACACAUACACGACCCUACAGAAGAUUACGUCCUAGAGGACGACGGAGGACGUUCUAAUAAACUAACCAUUAGUAUUAUAAGAGCAAGUGCCUAAAUUGCUACAAAAAUGGUGGCUAAUCGACGUAACCUUAUCUUUAGAGUGAGUAUUGUAAUUAACAUUGCUGUGCUAUUAUACGCAGCUAUGCAUUUGUCAGCUAAUACUGCCCCAGGCGUGGUAUGGGUGCCAUUGACUGUUGAUGGCUCAGAAAGAAGUGCUGAGUAUAGAUAUUUCAACAGAGAUGAUAGAAACGAAACUGAAACGAGACCAGGCGACUCUAGUGCUAGAAGUUUUGAAGAGUCCACGUCUCAAAAGACGCCAUCGACUAUGGCGACGACAAAUAAGACUGCAUCUAGUACAGCAUCUAUACCAGAAAUUGAGAAAAAGUCAAUAAGUGCAGCCCCUGAAGCGGAGGCGUCGAAUGCAACUCUACUGGAAAUUGACGAUGAAGAUAGCUUAUCACCCACAACACAGGCUUACCUUCGUACCUUGUUGGGAUGCAAUGAUAAGGACAUGUUGCCUCACACAGAACAACGAGGUGAAUUCUGGGUGUUGAAGAAUUACAUUCGUGGAGAUCACGGCAUGAUAUCAUGUCACGAAUCUGUAACCUACACGACUCAUGCUGGCUACGAGUUCCUCGACAACGUCCAACCACUAGUAGAACGAUGGAUGGCUCCAGUAAGUCUGGCUAUUCACGCGCCAGGAGCUGACCUGACUCCCACCGUGAACAGCAUCAGAUACUUGCGAGACUGCCUCAGCAAUGAGCUCGUGAAGCAAUAUGUCACAUUUCACCUCUUCUUCUCCCACAAACACAUACCCAGUAAGAUACCAGAUCCUGAAUCACUCUUGCAAACGCCAUACAACUGUACUGGUAGACCGCCAUAUGAGAACGUAACGACCACAUACAUGAAAGAGAAAAACCUCCUGUACCCCGUGAACGUUGCCAGAAACAUAGCGAGAGAUGCUGCAGUGACUUACUUCAUACUUCCAUCAGACAUAGAGCUGUACCCUAGUCCGAAUUUAAUACCAAGAUUCCUGAAUAUGAUUGCACGGAAUUCGAAACCGCUCAGCACCUCAAAGAACCCAAGAGUCUUCCCUAUAAGUAUAUUCGAAGUCGACGCCAAAGUACAAGUGCCAUCGACAAAGACAGAGUUACGCGCAAUGCUAGCGAACAAGACAGCCAUACCGUUCCACAAGUUCGUGUGCCCCAACUGCCACAACAUUCCGCAGGGGCAACAAUGGAUGAAUGCAGUUGAAACCAAUCAAAUGGACGUAUUUCACGUUGGCAAGCGACGGGGCAAGUUCGUACACUGGGAACCAAUAUUCAUAGGAACACAUCAAGACCCCUACUACGAUGAACGUCUCAGUUGGCAGGGGAAGAAGGAUAAAAUGACGCAGGGGUACAUUCUCUGCGUCAAGGACUAUGACUUCAUGAUAUUGAACAACGCCUUCUUAAUCCACAAACCAGGUAUUAAGCAUUACGUGAAGAACGCCAAGCGUGACGCGAUAGCUGGCCGUCAGUCUACCUUCGUGAAGAACGUCAUCAUGCCGGAGCUGAAGAAACUCUUCGGAACCAGAAAUGGUUGCGCGCUGUGACAAAAUACUAUGGACUUUAUGCACAAAUGGUAACGAAUUGGAUACACCAAUGCAAUCACAAAUCUCGAAACGAACCUUAUUUUAAUCGUCAUUUUUUUUAAUGAAAGCCUGUUACGGGUUAAAUGUCACAUAAUAUUUACUAUACAUUGUAGACUUACAAGAUACUAGCGUAAAGACGAACUGACAGCCCACUAAUUGGUCAAUGUGAGCUAGUUUAAUAUUAAAAAUACUAUAGAGCAUUAUUCCAAGCUGACUAAUUACGACUUGGUCAAAAUUGGUUAUUGUAGUCUGUUAGAGAUGUUAUUCUAUCUCACACGUGUUGUUUGUCUAUAAUCUAUACGCUAUUAUAUUGUAUUUAUGUGAUAUGAUAAGAGUGACACUGAAUCACAAAGCAAUCCAAGGCGUAAAGGUGCUGAUAGACUUGACCAAUCGCUUGCUAUAAGCAUUCUAGCGAACAGAAAUUGACUGGAGUGAGUACCUAUUCUAGUUAACAUUCUAUCGAAACGACGGUAAAUAUGCUUCGAGAAUGCUUAUUGAGAGUCAAAAACUACCACCAAUUCGAAAAUAAAUGCCUUCUGAGGUAUUUCUCUCGCAAGAAACUCACCGGGUUGUUUUUAAAUAAAAUAUUUGUCACAAUAUAAUUCUCAAAACAAUAUAAUGCUCCAUUCCCAAUCCCCAAUCUGUGUUAUCGUAUAGAAAUUCAUUUGUGUUAUUAACCUUAACCACGUUAAACAUAUUUUAUUAAUUUAUUAGAAUUAUGUAACACAUUUAUUUUCGUUAUUCAGUUCGACGGAUAUAAAAACGGCGAAUGCUCGAGAAAUUCUGGUUCAAGUAACUGCACAAGUCUCCCAGCACCCUAAUGUAUUAUGGGCCGUAUCACAUCGCUUUGUAGACCUCAAGUGCAAUGAUCGGCACUUAGGAUUUUUACUCACCGACCUAAAAGGACGGCAAUGCUUUUGUUACUCCUCUUGUUAUGCCCUACGUGAAUAAAAAAAAACUUUCAAACUGCAACACAUCAAUUCAAGUACAGCCUAGCGGUAGUAGUGAAAGAAUCGCAUAAAAACCUUAACUGAAAUUUUAGAACUAUUUCUAUACAAGGUUUUAAACAAGUAUACCUAGAAUUAUAAAAACAGAAAAAGCAGAAAUGUAUUCGCCGCAACAGCUGACAGUAAUAGAAACGUUACAAGUGACAUUAACCCUUAUUACAUAGGAACUGUACAUUACAAUGCUGGCUAUAACGUUUACAAGAAACUUUGAAAAAAAGUGUGUGCAUACUUAUGUAGAAGAACAAGAAGUUAUACUUCUUUGACGUAGCAAAGCAAAAAUCAUUUAAAUUAUUCCUUGUGCUAUUCUACGUUUGUAGAACGAACAGUAUUGUAAAAAUCUUGCAACGAUGGCUUUGACAAGUAAUUAUUAAAUCACGAAUACGGCUGUACGGGCUUGAACCCUUUGCCUAUCCUAAUAAUGGACGAAGAAACCAAAAAAAAAACAACGUCAGAUAAUUUUAGGACUCAACUUCACCCUAUUACUUUUGUGUUACAGUGAUGCGCGCGCAUCUUAAAAUAUCACUCUCAUAUUUUUUUUUUCAUAACGCGCCUAAAGAAGUAUAACUUCAAAAAAUUUUCUGCAACUACAAUACUUUCUUGCUAAAAUGCAAAUUCAGCUAUAGGGAGCUCUACGGAACCCUUCCGUAUUCGGAGGUUGUCUGGUUACACCCGGUAUAUACACCACUAUUUUUUAAUCACCAAGAAAAGUUACGUAGAAUAGUCAACAUAUCGAAAAUAUGCAGUCAAAUAGUUUUGCACUGGCAAAUAAGAAUUAUUUAAUCCUGUCCAAAUUAUGGACAUGAUCCUAAUGAAAGCGUAUUAAUGUUUUGUACUGAUGGCGCAGAGGGGCAGCGCGGGACGGGGACGUAGUGAUUUAUAAAUUUAAUUGUGAAUUGUAUGGAAAUUGUCAAUGAUUUUCUAUAUUCGUGGUAUAAUUUUAGACACUCUUUUUCUUAUACGUGUUCGGUAAUUGUAAUAAAUCAGUUUUUUCUUGGUUAUUUUAAAAUAAUGGCGUAUAGUAUAAGUAAUUGAAAUAUUAAGAUUGAUUGGAAUACAAUUGACGAAUCAUGGUAGAUUUAUCCUUGAAUAUAUUUGUAAUAUAUACGAAUAGGUUAAUUUGUAAUAACGCGCACAUAUAACGUACUGUCAUUGGUGUAUAUUUAAGCGUAUCAAUUAUUACAGGGUGCAAAAAUCCGCUUGCCUUUUGAUAUAUGACUUUAUAUGCGGUGUAUAUUGCAAACGAUACAUAUCAUAUUAUUUCAAUAUUAUUAAAUAAGUGUCCAUUUAGACGAGUCUUGGAUCGAAUUAGUUUGCGUUGACGAGUGAAUUUAAAACAUUUUUGACGGCGAUUUUUGGAAGUAAAGUCGCGGUUAUGAUAAUUUUAGUAUUCUUAUUAGUUCUGCAUAACAAUUAGGUAUUAUGAUCAUAUUUAAUCAUUGAUAUAUCGACGGACCCCAUGCAUAAAGCGACAUGUCGAAACACAUGUUAUCAAGCGAACUAAAGAUAUUGAAGGUUACUAAAAUUCUAUUAUUUUUAACAUUAUUGUUUGAUAUAUUAAAGUGUUUUGUGUGACAUGUGUAUUAAUCCGAUGCAAAAUAAACGAGUAAGGGAACGUAUUUAUGAAAAAUUUUGGGACAGUGGACAAACUAUACAGCAGGGGUGCUCAAACGGAAGAUUGCGAACGACAGGUCGAUCGCGAGUGCUUUUUGAGACGAUCUCGAGAAAAAAAUCCGAUAUAGAACUAUUCACAGAUUUUGUUUUAGGUUACUAAAAUCGAUAAUUUCCAUACGUUCUUAUGAAAAGUAUGCUUAGGACAUGCAGUGUCAUUCAGAUUCAACAUCCAAAGUCACUUUAGUUAAGUUUAGAACUCUAGACACUAGAACGCGUUUGUUGUAUAAGAACCAAUAAACUCGCAAUUUUGAAUAAUUAUGAGUUUUUUCAUUGAUAUUUUAGAGCAGCAAAACUAAUAUCUAUGUCAUCGUGACACUCUACAUAGACGACAAUCCUUCAUCACACAUACUUGAUGCCUCUCAGAGUUGAUCAAUCGUAGUCUAACAAUUUUGAGGUAGAUCGCGAGCAGUUCAAGCUUGAGCACCCCUGCUUUACAGUAAUUGAAGCGAUAACAAAUUUUGCAAAAACGACAUGUUGCUUUAUACGUAGAGACCGUCAGCUUAUGCCAUAUACGCUGUUGUUAUUCUUUAUAACUGUGAGAGUUGUUACAUUGAACUGUGAGUUUCAAUUUAACAAUUUCAAUGUGAAAUAUUAAUUUUAAAAUAAGACAUUUUAACAUAGUGUUCUAAUAGAACACACAUAUGUAGGGUACAUAUCUAGUUGUCUUUUAAAUAUGAAUUCGCUAGUUUUUGAGUCAUUUCAUUUAUAAUAUAUAUUUUUGCUGUGUAUUGUAUAUAAAUAUAAUUGUAUUUAUAUAUUAAACUAUUGGUUUGUUUAGUAAAGGAGAUACUUGACCGUUUUUAAGAGCUCCUUUACUUUCCAAUUAUUUUAAGUUAUGCUUGAGCUGUGUAGCUGUUUCAAUAUUAUUUAGUUUGUAAUUUAUAAAAAAAAAUAUUUUUGGUAUUUUACACAUCACGCAUAAAGCCAUCCACUUGUAUUGUAGAUAAAUUAUUAUAAUUUAUUGCAUCAAUAUUAUUUAAACUCAUUAGUACUGUGUUAUUAACAGGUUUUAUUACGUAUGAGUGACUACAUAACCAUAAGAUAUAAUUAACCGUAAUAUAAGUGGGCCAGAAAAAACCCCUCCAUUUUAAAGUUUUUGAAACAGAAUUAAUUAUUCAUUGUGUAGAAUGAUCAAACGCCUGAGAAUAAGUUUUUUGGACGAAUUGUAAAACGAAAAUUCCAAAAAAUAUAUACAAUAAUCAAUUACAUUAAAAUAUUCUUAGAAUUUAAAAAAUAAGUCACUAUUUUGCUUAGAAAUGUAACCAUUAAGGAUGAGUCCGUUUAUAUGCCUAUUUUAUAAUAAGUGAGCUACGAUUUGGUAUAAAUUCGAAAUCGUAAUAUAAUUUAGUAUAAGUUAUGUGUAAUUAAAAAUGGGCCUUAGGGCACUGGUUAUAGUGUUUAAACUCACCACGUCCGAUAGAUUUUAAGUUAAUUGUAAUUAAGCUUUUAAUAUUUAGAUUUGUUUAUGAAUCCUUUACAUGAGAUUUCUUCAUUAUAUUUUUUUAAGUGUUUAAACUUAUAAAUUUACUUUUAAUAGUAUAAUACUCCUCAAAUGAUUUCUAAUUUAUUGAAUAAUAUCGUAAAAAUGUUUUUUAUAAUAGAAACAAACAUCGACAGUUGCGUGUUUAAGAAUAUGUCACAACCUUACUAAAAUUCUCGAUACUACUUUCGCGCAGUAGAGUAAAUUUCGGUCAUUCACCUUGUGUGUAAGAUAGGUCUAGUUAUCAUUCGCUCGGGUGAUCCACUGAUGGUAAACAUCAGUAUUGUAGGGUUUAAAAAAAUAUAAAAGGUUUGAUUUUAAUGGGCUGAAUGUAGAGAUUACAAACUUACAAAUGUACUUUUAAUAAUAGAAUACUCGUCAAGUGAUUGCUUCUGUUUUUAAAUAAUAUGUUAUUUUUUUAAGCUAUUGCAUAGCCUCUAUCGCGGGCCUUGAGCGUGGAGACCGAAUCCAGAAAUUCCGUAACGAAAAUAACCUAACGCAUACUUACUAGAUCUAUAUAGAUAUUUCUAUGUCUUUUUGUGCAGAAGGUCUCAGGUUCGAGCCUGGGGUACGUCUUGAUUUUUUUUAAUUUCUUUUUUUAUCACGUAUUUAAUUUUUAUUAUUAUGACAAGCAUUUUUAUUUAAUUUCACCUGUCCCGUUAUCUGUCUGUAAUCAAAUCUUGCCAGUUAAAUUUUACUCACUUCCCGUUUGCUUUUUUUUAAAUUAAUUUAAUAAAAAAAAUACUGCAUAAAUAAAAUAAAUAAAUAAUUAUAAUUGCAUAAGUUGAUAAAAAAUGCUAUGCAAUAGCUUUACCGCGGCAGUCCCCGAGUACCACACUUCUUUUUUUGUAAUAGAAUCGAAAAUAUGUCUGUUAAAAUUACGCGAAUUAUUGUGGCGCGAAUAAUAAUAGACAAUAACUUCCAAAAAUUCUCGAUACUGCUACGCAGCAGAGCAAAUUUCGGUCAUUCACCUUAGCGUCUAUGAAAGGCCUAGAUUAUAUUUGACUGGUGUGCUUUUAGGAUUGUUAAAAAUAUUUAAAAAAUUGGCUUAAUGUAAAGGAUAGAAAAUAUUUACCAAACUAGGAAUUGUAAAACUAGUAACACAUUCUGGAGCUUUAUAUAAUAAGAUGUAUAUAUAAGUAGUUAUGCUUUUAGUUAAUAAAUGGGUUUGGUUAUGGUAUGCAUGUGGUGAGUUUUCACUAGUAUUAGGCCGAGUGCCUCGUUAGUUAAGAGCGAAAACUAUAUUCAGUCUUGCAAUGUGAUCAUUACAAAUGUAUUUAGCGAUGUAUUAGAUUUUUUAAACAUGAAUAGAAAUUUUCAUAAAAUCUACAGGUAAUUGUAAUCUGAAUAAAAAAAUUUAAUUAUA